AUGACCGUGAUGGCAUCAGAUGGAGAAGAUAUUAAUUGGAAUAACAGUGGCCCUGCAUUGACCAAGGUCCGUGUGGAGAAUCUUCACUACGACAUCACCGAGAGCGACCUCGAGGAGCUCUUUGGACAAGUUGGUCCCGUCUCCGCCCUCUCCCUUGUUUACGACCGCGCCGGACGCUCCGAGGGCGUCGCCUUCGUCACAUACACCCACCUGCGCGACGCGCACGAGUCUCUCCGCGAAUUUGACGGCGCCAACGCCAAGGGCCAGCCCAUCCGCCUCACCCUCGUGCCCGGCCGCCGGGAACGCAACACCGAUCGGAACACCGAUCGCAAUACUCUUUUCGACCGCGUAGAGCGUCCUGGACGCGACUCGCGCAGCCUGAGCCCCGGCGGUGACGGCGGCGCAGAGGGUGCUCGCCGCCGAGGUGGCGGCCGUGGCCGUCGCAGCGACAUCACUAAGCCUGCUCCUGAGCACAUCGAUCGCUAUACCCCCGGUCAGCGGUCGCCGGUUCGGCGAAAUGGCGGUGGCGGUCGUCGGGGUGGUCGAGAUGGUCGGGAUGGCCGGGAUGGCCGGGAUAACCGGGCUCGCAACGAGACUGGAGGCCGUCACGCGGCGAAUGGUCGUCCUCGCAAGACCCAGGAGGAGCUGGACCAGGAGAUGGAGGAUUACUGGGGUGGAAACAAUGCCGCAGGCGAGACUGCUGAGAAGCAGCCUCAGCAAGCUGCCGCGUCAGAGCAGGCUGCAGCGGCUCCUGCUGCUGCUGCUACUGCUACUGCUGCCGCCGCGCCUACCGCUGCAGACGACGAUAUCGACAUGAUCGAGUAA